GCACAAUAUAUUACAGUCUAGGGCUUGCUGCUGAAAAGCCCGCUGGAUCCUCCACUGACCUGCUGUUCUUUCCUGCUUUCUUCUCGUGUUUUUUUCCACAUUUAGAUUAAAAACAAAGCUCUCUCUCUCUCUGUCUCUCUCUCUCCCAUCUCCCAUCCCUCCCUCCUUCUUCUUCUUCUUCAUCUUCUCCUCCUUCAUAUCCUUCUUCUUUUCUGCGGCUGCAGUCAAGGCUUCAGCGUGUCAGAGAGAGGGUGAAGAGGAGGAAAAAGCAGAGUGGAAGACUAUUUGGACCGAGCUGAGUGUGUGUUUACAUUUGUGUGUUUCGCCAUUGGACGGCUGGGUGAAGGGGCACAAGAAGAAGGAGGAGGAGGAGGAGGAGAAGAAGAAGAAGAAGAGGGGAUCCUGCUUGGAUGAAAUUCUCUGUGUCAUGUCACUACGUGUGGACCUUGACUGAACACAGAUUGAGGAAAAGGAGAGAGACACCGAGAAGAAGACAAGGAGACAGAGAGAUUGGAAGAGAGGAGGAGAAACUGAGACUUUAGAGGAGAAGAAGGAGGAGGGGGGGGGAAGGAGGCAAAGUCUGGAGCUCAGUUUUUAUCAUGACACUGUUGGAUAAACAAGGCGUCGGAUUGAGCGCUCUUCAGUUGUGUGUCAACAGGAAUUCUCACUAGAAGGGAGAGAGUGAGGAAGAGAAGGAGAAGACUGUGAGGAGUAAACAGAGCUGUGUGAGCAGGGAAAGGACUUUCUGAGUGUGUGAGAGAGUGUGUGUUUGUGUGAGUGGGUGUGUAACCAGUGGAGGGCAGAGGAGUGGAGGGCCAGGGGACUAACCUGGCCAUCAAACGGACUGGCAGCCUCUCCUCUCCUGGGAUCAUGUACCCUCAGGGAAGGCAUCCGGUCCCCUUACAGCCUGGUCAGUCUUUUAAGUUCACAGUCCUGGAAACCCUGGAUCGAAUCAAGGAGGAAUUCCAGUUCCUCCAGGCUCAGUAUCACAGCCUGAAGCUGGAGUGUGAGAAGCUGGCGAGUGAGAAGACUGAGAUGCAGAGGCACUACAUCAUGUACUAUGAGAUGUCCUACGGUCUCAACAUUGAGAUGCACAAACAGGCAGAGAUUGUCAAGCGUCUCAGUGCCAUCUGCGCUCAGAUCAUCCCUUUUCUCUCUCAAGAGCACCAGCAGCAGGUGGUCCAAGCAGUGGAGAGGGCCAAGCAGGUCACCAUGGCUGAACUCAAUGCCAUUAUCGGGCAGCAGCAGCUCCAGCACCUGUCUCACCACGGCCCUGGCAUCCCCCUGACACCUCACCCAUCAGGCCUGUCCCUGGGCGCGGGGGGCUCAGGGCUUCUUGCACUGACCGGGGCUCUUGGUGUCUCCGCUCACCUUGCCUCCAAAGAUGAACGAAACCACCUUGACCCUGAACAUCUCAGAGAGGGAGCUCCCAGCAGGAGUAAGUCAGUGUCAUCAACAGACAGUCAGCCCAACGAGGAGCGCCAGGGCCCAUCAGGAGGAUACUCCUCCUCGCAGGGAGGAGCGGAGGCAAAGAGGAGGCGCUGUGAUGACAAAGAGUCCCUUCCCCCACACUCAUAUGACAGUGAUGGAGACAAGAGUGAGGACAAUCUGGUGGUGGACGUCUCCAAUGAAGAGCCAAACUCUCCUGCUGGCAGCCCUCCUCACUCCCCCCACGGGAAUGGGUUGGACCGGGCACCCACCCUGAGGAAAGAGCUCCCUGGUUCCUCGAGUACAGGAGAGGCCCCCUCCACCCCAAACCCCCGCAGCCCCACCCCAGGGAAGUCCAAGGACCCUUCACAGAUGGAUAAGUCCCAGUCCCCUCUGUCAAAGUCUGGUACCCCAUCCCCAUCCCAUCGUGACGCCCUCACCCCUGGAGCACCAGGAGCCCCUGGACCCAGCACUUCCUGCCUUCGUCUAGUCAGCAAAGCAGCAUCCAGUGCAGACCCUCUUGCUCUCCGCAGUCCCAUGUCUGUGCCCCCUGGUUCAUACCCGGCUCACUUUGGCGUGGUGUCCCACGCAGGACUGAACGGGGAGCUGGCCAGUCCGGGCGGCUUCGGAGGUGCUCUCACUCUCUCCCCACAGAUCAGCGCAGCAGCAAACGCCUACUCCCGAAGCCCCAUGGUGGCGUAUGACUCUCGGUCUCACCUGAGGGCCCCAGGGCUUUCCUCUUCUCUGCCUGGCUCCUCGGCCGGCAAGCCUGCCUACUCGUUCCAUGUGAGCGCAGACGGACAGAUGCAGCCGGUACCUUUCCCCCCUGACGCCCUGCUAGGCCCAGGGAUCCCUCGCCAUGCCCGUCAGAUCCACAGCCUGAACCACGGAGAGGUGGUGUGCGCUGUCACCAUCAGCACCUCCACACGUCACGUCUACACUGGAGGUAAAGGCUGCGUCAAGGUGUGGGACAUCAGCCAGCCAGGAACCAAGAGCCCAAUGGCCCAGCUGGACUGUCUGAACAGGGACAACUACAUCCGCUCCUGUAAAAUCCUCCCAGACGGACGGACCUUAAUUGUCGGUGGGGAGGCCAGCACCCUGUCAAUCUGGGAUUUGGCCACGCCCACUCCUCGCAUCAAGGCUGAGUUAACAUCAUCUGCUCCUGCCUGCUAUGCUCUGGCCAUUUCUCCAGACAACAAGGUGUGCUUCUCCUGCUGCAGCGAUGGCAACAUCGUGGUCUGGGACCUUCACAACCAGACUCUGGUCAGGCAGUUCCAGGGCCACACGGACGGAGCGAGCUGCAUCGACAUCUCUAACGAUGGAACCAAACUGUGGACGGGGGGGCUCGACAACACGGUGCGCUGCUGGGACCUGAGAGAGGGACGCCAGCUCCAGCAGCAUGACUUUACCUCGCAGAUCUUCUCUCUGGGUUACUGUCCGACAGGCGAGUGGCUGGCUGUGGGAAUGGAGAGCAGUAAUGUGGAAGUCCUGCACGUCUCCAAACCUGACAAAUACCAGCUGCACCUUCACGAGAGCUGUGUUCUCUCCCUAAAGUUUGCCUACUGCGGCAAGUGGUUUGUGAGUACAGGAAAAGACAAUCUGUUGAAUGCAUGGAGGACACCAUAUGGAGCCAGUAUUUUUCAGUCCAAGGAGUCCUCGUCUGUGCUGAGCUGUGACGUCUCCCCAGACGACAAGUACAUAGUGACGGGCUCUGGGGACAAGAAGGCCACGGUGUACGAGGUGGUGUACUGAGGGGGGCCGGAAUGAGGCGGGAAGAGUUAGGAUGGAGAUUUUGGGGUGUUUUCCUUUUGUUGUUUUUGGAGGAGGGGCAACCAAUUAACCAAUUGCCCUACCUACCAAUCCUGACCCUCAUUACAUCAGCAACAGCAGCAUCCUUGUCUCAGUCCUCCUGACCCUCACCCCUUAAGCAUCACCCCUUCUCCCCUUUUUUUUUUAUUGCUGUGAUAUAAGCUACUGUGGAAGCUCCCAAAUGCCCCCUCUCCUCCCUCCUCACUCCUUUUGUCUUUUAGCUCAAGGAUGAAGCAUGAUAGUAAAGAGAGGGGAAGCAGCAAGAUAAGAAGGACAAAGAAAAAGGGCGGUGGAGCAUAAAGAUAAAGUCAGGAAGCAAAAGAGGAGGAGAGAGAGAGGGAAGAGAAAUGACAGGGAGGAAGAGGAGGAGGAGGAGGAGGGGGAGGCUGGGUAAUUAGGGCUGUUUCCUGAUUAAGAGCUCAGUGGAAGGAAGGCCCCCAGAGGAGGCGCGGAGCGGCACUGUGGGAGCGCCAGCCAGGAGCACUGAUACCACACAAUCGAUUCAUUAGGCAGACAGUGGAAGCCUUAAUGAGGCUGACGCCGCAGCUCGCUCUCCCCGCAGAGAGGUGUCAGGAGCUCGGGAACGAUGACGCUUCAGAUAUCCACACACACACUGACACGAAACAUAGACCUGCUCACACACACACAGGAGGCUCACAUCAUUGGGCAGCAGUACACACAAACAUACUCGAAUGCGCCCCCCCUUGAGGCAACCGUUAGAGAGAAACACACACACACAACACACAGAGCACCCAAUUAAACAUUCAUGGCACACUCGCCGUCUCACUGCUUAAUAUCUAUUUUAUUUUGGUCUGACAAAGGCAGCGUCUAAUGAGCAGCCGAGUCAAUGGGAUUCUCCCAGGGCCCACAGACACAAACACAGAACAUCAGCCGAGCUGUUCCCUCUAAUUCCUCUGGAUUGUUCUCCUGACACCGGGCGCUGCUCUCACUCUCAUUAAAGGCGCUGUCAGCUAGAUGAAGAAGCAGCACGCCAACUUCACUGUAAGGCAGACAAGAGGGCAAAUUAACACCUCAAAAUUUUACUAUCAAAAGCAGCCAACUGAGCAGCGUCUGAUCUGAAGCCUUCCAAUCUGAUACAACUAGUUGCUGUUUUGAUUCGAAAACCUGAUGUGAUGUUGAAUUAAACAGAGUCAUGUCUCCACCUCUGCCUGCCUGCUGAUGUCUUCAAGUGCUCUGGCUAAUGUUUGCUAAGCUAAUGAUUGAGAUGCUAAACACCUUAAAGGAGUAGUGUGAAGUUUUGGGAAAGAUGUUUAUGUGCUGUUUUUUGUUGCUGAGGUUGAAAUGAGAAGAUUAAUUCCACCCUCAUGUUUUGGACUGUAAAGCCUGAAAAUAAAGGGAAACAGCUAGCAUAAAGCUCUGUCAGGAAGCAACUGUGGUCAAUUCACAGCAACUGUGAAACGCAGUUGUUAGUAAGUUCUUUAGUGCGUUCAAAAAGGCUUCAUGUUGAACAUAAAUUCCCAAGUUUACAUUGGGUCUCUGCCAUUGACUAUUUCUUUGUCUGCAGCAUAGACUGUAUAAGAUAUGGACGUAGUAUCCGUGACGUCACCCAUCUGUUUCUGAAGAGCUGUUUUGAGGCCAAUCGUCGUCGGCAGUCAUAUUGCUGCUGUCGAGCGAUUGUGACGUAAAGAGGCGGGCUUUGAGCCUCCUAGCCAACAGCUACUGUGUUCCCGCCUGUCAAUCAAGUCAGCUGUGCCUCUCAUUGGAAGACAAGUAAUCUCAAUAUCUUCAAAAUUGCAGCGUUAGAAAGAAAUUACAGUGUGUGCCGAUCGAGAAAUGAGCUAUCCAGACUACACUCGUUUUUUGUACCAGGCUGUAAACAUGUUUAUUUCUGCUGUAAAGAUCCUUUUUUUUAACUUGGUGUGUAUGUGGUUUCCGGUACUUCUGGAGCCAGCCUCAUGCGGAUCCUCGAUAAACUGCAAGUUUUUAGCACUUCCGCAUUGGACUCAUAUUUUUAGACCGGAGAUUGCCGCUUGGUCUGCAGCUGAAACUUCCUGUUAGGUUCUGCUGAUUUCCUUGUUCUUAAAAUGAGCUAUAAAUUACUCAAGGAACCGCCUUCAAAAACUUUAAAUAAUUAUUUUUACACUUCAGUUGUUCUACAUUUCAGACAAUAUGCAACUUAUUUAGUGGUUUAGUCUAGUUGCAAGUGGUUGGAUUCUACCAGGCUAGUUUUCCUGUUGUUGUUUUUUUAAAGUUAUGUUUUGGGUAUUUUUGCCUUUAAUGAUAGGACAGCUGAAGACAGACAGAAAAUGUGGGGAGUAGAGAGUGGGGGAGGACAUGCAGCAAAUGGUCGACCAGCCGGGAGUUGAACGGCAACCUCUGCGACGAGGACUGUAGCCUCUAUACGUGGGGCGCUUAGACCGCUAGGCCACCAGCACCCCCCUUUGUAUUUUCAUGCUAUGCUAUGCUAACAGGCAGCUGAUUGUAGCCUUACACACACUGUACAGAUGGAAGAGUGGUAUCAAUCUUCUCGACUGCAAAACUCAACAAGACUGCCAUCAAUGUGUUUCCCAAAAUGUUCAGACUAUUCCAUACUUUCCAGUCCUCCUUGUAUAAUAUCCAGUCUGAUAGGAAAAUUGUAUAUCAGAGCUCUCUGCUUUUAUAGAACAUGAAUUACCAAUGUGUAGAUUCAAAGGGCACAUUUUAAGCUUUUCUUUUAUUACCCAUUUAAUUCAGCAUUUUUAUGAAUAGUGAUAGUAAUAUGUUUAUGUAUCGGGGUUGCCAAUGACUGCGUUUUCUGGGAGCUAAUCGCGCGGGAUGCACUCACACCUGGAGACACAAACUCAAACAGAAUACAGGCAGGACAUUUGUUUCUGUUGUUUUUUUUAUGAUACAGUGUAUUUUUUAUCUUUGUUAACGGUGACAGGCAGAGGGCAAACAGCAGCAGUCCCAUGUUAAAACAAAAAAAGGAUACCCCCAAUGUGGGUGAAAAGUUCCUCUGUCUUUCGCUUGUUGCUUUUCUUUUCUUCCUCAUUUUUCCAAAGUGGUAGUGAAUGUACUAUAGUCUGUUUUCAGUCCCCACCGUGCAACUAAACCUUGUUCUGUUGAGUCUGUUGACACAACAAUGCAGAUUUAGCCAACAACAAUGUCCCACUUUUUACUGCAUGCUUGUUGCACUAAAGCUCCACUUCUGCAGGUACAGUGAUCGGUUUAACAGCCACAUUUUUACAGAGGGAUGGAUUUUACAUUACAGUAUGCAAUUUAGUUCCACUGUAUAAACUUUAAGCAAGAUUUGUCCAUGUUUCUCGCAGAAGCUCUAGAGCAGGCUAGAAAAUAAUGAGGGACUUCUACAGCGGCUAUGGUAGCAGCCAGGAGUCAGAGAUCAUCUGUACAGAUAAAGCAUCUUCCUGUCAGCAACAGGCACACCUUAACAAAACUCUCAUACACAAGCUUGUAUAGUACACAGAAUGAUGCUGUAUAAUGGCUAUGCAUUCAGUGGUAUAGCGUGACUAUUUGGGACAUUGUAUUUGAUACUCUUCUUUAACUGUCAGUAACGUCUCUCCCCCCUGCCUGUGCUUUCUCUCUUCAAACAGUAUAACAUCUUUUUUUCUUCUGAUUUACAAACCCAUAUUUAGUUUCCCCUUUAAAAAGCCAAGGAUUUUUUUUUUUUAUAAUGCACUGUGUCUUCUUCCCUCCUGAUGCGUUUCUGAUGUGCUGUACAAGAAAUACUGUGUGUGAAAAAUAAAACCAAACUUGUGUUCAUCCUUUCA